GAAACCGACGCCAUCUAACGACUGGCAUUCCUGUUUUUUUCGUGCGGGUAAAACCACGGCUUUCUGGAGCGCGGAACCCCUUUCACGGUUUUGUUUGUAACAUCCAGUGUUUUAAGUGCAUUUCGUUGUGAUCCUUGCGAUGCCGUGCGUACGGUGAAUGAGAUGAUAUACGCGGGAGAGCGUUCACGCGCGAGAGAAAUGUGUGGGAAGAUGAGUUAACCGUGUGUUAAAGCGCGCAGCGGUCAACCUUCCGACAAGUUUAGUACGGGAAUCUAUCCAUAUUCAGGACUUGAUUGCACCGAGCUUUAGUAGAAGUGUCAAGUAGUGGAGAAUGAGUGCAUCUGCUGUAAAGUCAUCGAUAUCUGGAGUAGGGACAUCCCCGACUUCGACUACUCACUCCAUGCUUCCAAUGAAUGCUAUGGCUCAAAAAGUAGUUCCUGGAACUGAAUCAGGAUCUAUGAAACCUUUAACAGGAACAGGAUUAAGCUAUGUUACGUUGCAACCGCCAAGUCAGCCUCUCAGUUUGGUACAGGAUCACAGACCGUCGGUUUACCAAACACCACCUUAUAUAAGUAACAAUUCUGAAAAGGAAUCAGAAUCGGAUAAGCUUAUACCAAACGGCGUAGAAACUAUAAAGGUGGAUACAGAGCAAAAUAUACCUGCUCCUGUAAAGCCUAGUGAACCAAAUAGAAAUAACAACUUGAGUCCUGAAAAUCCGACCCAAGACGAACAACGAGAAACUCCAGUAGAACCAGAAACGAUCCCUCAUGCCUUAGAAUUUUCAGCGAUAUGUCCUCAAGGACAAAACAAAGUUGAAGAAAAGAAAACUACUGUAAAUAAUGGCUCUAAAGAAGCUGAAGGUGUGCCAGUUAAUGCUUCUCUACAAACAAAGUUAUCGACGCAUAAAACUGAAGAUGCUCAAGUAAAACCAGAAGUUCAAAAAAACAAACCAACGAAUCAGAGUGCAAAAUUGAGUGGAGAUAGUCCACCCGUACAACCAUCAAAUAAUUCUUCAAAACCAGAAACGAAAGUUACAGCUUCGCCAAAAGCUAAUAAACGAAAAUCUAGAGAAUUGAAAGAUUUGAAAGGAAUAUCCGCGACUCCAGACGGGGCAAGUAAACCUAAGAGAAAUCGCGUCCAAACGCAACCUUAUCAAAGUCCUUUGCCAGAAAUUGCGUUGCUUGUCAAAAGUUUAAACAAGUCUCCUGCGACGAAAGCUGCGGAUGACAAGCUAAUAGUAUUCUACAAAAAUGAAUUCCUGGCUGUGAGAAAUGCAGAAGGGAGUUUUUACGUUUGUCAAGCGAUGCAAAAUAUUUAUAAAUCGAGCAGGCGUAUUCGCAUACGUUGGUUAUCGCAAGAUAAAAAUAAUGGUGAAAUUUAUUCUCCAGAUUUUUACGACUUUAUAGAUUUCGAUUGUAUAUUAACGAACCUAAAUUUGAAUAAAAUCGAUAAAAAUAAAUUUCAAUUAACGAAGAUAGAAUUAUUGCGUACGGAAAAUAUAUUAAAACGAGCGAUCGAUGUAGAGGCCGGAGUGUCUGAAAAGCCUAGAGUAACGGAAGAACAUCCAGAUGGACUCGAUUUGUCUCUUUACAAAGAUGAGUCACAAUUGAAGAGAAGAAGAGGUCACGGCCCGUACAAGCAGAAACAAGGCCAACGAAAAAAAUCGAAACGUUCGGCAAGUUCCUCCGAAGACGAAGGAUCCGAGGACGAGUCGAAGGAUGAAAAGAAGUCGUCGAAAACGGGACGUUCUAAAAAGGGAUCGGUAAACAAAGCGUUAGCGAUCGCAAAAUCGGUUGCAAAAGGAUCGAGCAGAGCGGAAAGGGCAUUAAAUAGAAGCACAAAAUCUGGGAACAGUACGGGUAGCGAGUCCGCCGGUGGCACUGCUGCAGCCACUGCUACUGCUACUGCUACAGCAGCAGCAGUACCCGUAAAUAGCGCCGCUACGCCGACGACUCCCAUUGAUUCAGCUAAAAAUAAUGGUGCAGACCCUAAAAAGAUCGAUGCGAAGAAAACCACGAAGCAGCAGCAGCAGCAGCAGCAGCAACAACAACAACAACAGCAGCAGCAACAGCAGCAGCAGCAACAACAGAGCAACAACAACACGAGUGGUGUACCAAGGACGAAGCUUCGUGGGUCAGCUCAAAACACACAGCAAGGCAGUAGUACUGCGGGACGUCCCAAACGCGUAGCUGCUUCAGCGAGUAUUCUGUCAAACGAAGAAGCAGCACCACGGAAAAAACCACGUGGGCGAGCGUAAGAUUAACAUGUUAUUGUUUUUCUUAUGCCAUAUUUACAGCAGAGUCUGUAUCGUAGGCAAUAUGUACGUGUGGUACACUCUUUAAAAUUGCAAUCAACUUACAAUGUAAUAUAUAUGAUCUCAAGAUUCACGAUGAAUGUACCAAAUGCUGCGUUAUAUUAUAGUCUAACGAUACGGGAUCAAUGACUUAUAUUACGAUGCGGCAAUUCGCAUUUCGAAAACUAACUCCGAGACUUAGAGAAUGAUAUUGUGAUAUCAUGCAAAAUUUGUACAUAUCGUCUACGUCUCAGACUCCUCGGAAGAGAAGAAAGUCACGGAUAGUAUGGAAAAAAUGGUACCUUGGUUGAGUAAUAACUAUCUACAGGGUGUCACAUGCUAAUGCACUCUUGCAAUAGUCUAUUUUUGAUGUUGUGACUGAACCAUACGUGAUUCAUUUGAGUUUAUUGUACACUUUCCAUUGGAUAUGAUAGCUAUGUACAAAUAUAUAUGUCUGGGAUUUGUAUGCAUUCUGUAAAACAGAUAUUAAGGCAGGAAAGGAAGAAGGAAGAAAAAAAGAAAAAAAAAAGAAAAUAUAUAGGGUAAAAAAAAAUUAAUUGCGUGAGCGAUCCGUGAAUUAUCGAUCUCCUAUCUGUAGAUCGAUGAGAUCUAGAAGUACAAUAUCUGUACAUUUACGCUGAAUCUUUGCUGUUUAAAAAAUAGCAUACAGAAUGGUCCAGCGCCUAUAUAAAGACAGGCAGAGAAAAGAAGUGCCCUGAAUUGUAAUCCCUUGCCUCAUUGUUGAAUCCACAGAUUCAUGAGAGAGUCUUAUAUGUAAAAGGUAGCACAUUGAUCAUAGUUUUUAUAGUUUAUUUUCAAAACUACAUUUAUCCAAAUGAAUUUGCACUGCGAUCGAUAUAACAUAGUAAAAAAUUGAGAUCGCUAACACACAGUGGUGCCACAUAUGAUUUAGCCACAUUAACGUAUUUACACUUUAGAGCAAAGAAGAUGAAGAAGAAAAAAGUAAUAAUAAAAAAAAGUAAUGCACUUAUUUCCUCUUGAUAAGUCUUAAUUAAAAAUGUAUAAAUUUGAUUUAUGCAUAUACAUUAUUUUUAUCAAAGAUCGUGGAUAACUUGUUGCAACGUGAACGCGUAUAUCGCAACUAUUUACUAAAGCAUUCCGUUCCUUGGCUGUGUUCGUUAAGAAAUUAUUCGUUCUUGCUCGUCCUUGACCUCCUGACCGUACUUUUAUAUAAAACGUCUUCCUAUUUUUUUUUCUCUCUUUUCUCUUUUUUCUUUUUGUUUUUUCUUCCCCUCUUUCUUUCCUUCUCUCUCUUUCUCUCUCUCUCUCUCUCUCUUUCUUUCCUCCACGACCUCCAAAAUAAAAUAUUCUUAUCACUUUUGGUCACUCGUUUAUAUCUAAGAAUUGAUAUAAUCUUAAAUUACUUCGAAUCUUUCAUAACAAUCACUGCCAUUACCACGAACGGUGCUCGUGUUUAAAAGAAUCGCGUAAGACGCGUUCACGUUGCAGUGUAUAUUUACUAUAUGAUAGAUAAUUAUUAUUUACUCUUCACCAAAUCUGAAUUCUUAUACUUUUAACGUAGUUGAUAGUUUACAACAUGUCGAGAUGUAUUUGUAUUAGUGGAAAGACGUAUUUUACGUCGACACAUUGAAAUGGGGACUUAUAAAGACAUCGAUUUAAAUGAAUUGUGUAAUUAACAGAGAGUUAUUGAGAAACAAAACAAAGCAAAAAAAAAAAGAAAAACAAACAAAAAAUAUAUUCAUUUUUCUACAUUACGGUAUUAUGGUUGGAGACUCGCGAUGGAUUACAAAAAAUAGUUACUGGACCACUUAUUAUAUGAAAUUGAGUCGAUUAAUACGACUUUUGUUUUGAAAUUACGAAUGAAUUAGCGCAAUCGAAUUAAUGUUGAGUUGCGAGAGAAAGAAAAAAAAAAACAGCGUUUUUGAGUGUUUUCGAAAAGUUCGAAGGAUCGUAAUGUGUUCUUUAACAGCCUCGUGGGAUAUUUUAAGCGAUUAAAUCUUCAAAUUUUUUAUGAAGCGUGCAAGGCAAAAUAAUCUGUUUAUAAUUCGAAGAGGUCGAAUAGCUUUAUGUGUAAAAUGGAAACAUAAAAAAGAAAAAAAAAACAGAAAAAAAAAUAGAAACAAAACGAGACGAUCAUUUUUAUCUGAGAAAUUCGAAAAAUCGAUGUGUACCGACAGUCGAUAAAAACGCGCUAGUCAAUUUUAUACCCGUCGGUAAGAGAAGAUUCAUCUUGUAUCUUAUAUCUAUACGUACAGAGAUUGUACGUAUUAAAUUUUUAUAUUUAUUAUCAAAGGCAUACGGACGAAUAGCCGAUUUUAUUAAAAGCAUGGUUUUCAAUUCGUAAAUCGUAGUUAUGAUCAAGCAUUGUAAAAAAAGCAAUAUCUAUAAAAAUGAAUUGAAAACCAUGCUUAGCAGCAACCCAUUGAUUUAUGUCGGCUUCAUAGUGCAAUAUUUUCGAUAACUUAAUUUCGCAUAUUCGAAACAGAUAUCGCUAUAUUUCGAUUGAUUAUCAAUAUUUCUGAUAUAUAAUUAUAUUCUUUUCUUUCAUACAAUAGAAUAAGAUUGAUGGGAAAUCGAACCUUCUCCUAUCGACGUGAAAUCAAUUGAUAUGCUGUUAUUGAUUAUCGGUGUACACACUUUUUGUUUUUCAAAUAAAUUCUAAAAAAUCUUAUUUGUUCACGUAUUUGUAUAUAUACAGGGUGUUCCUAAAAUCGGUGAUACAAGCAGACGUCUGAUAAUUUACAAUUACAUUACAGUUUAAUUUACUGUAUGUAUGUAUGUGCAAAGAAUAGAUUUUCUAUAAUAAUUCGAAUAUUUCGUUUGUUAACGAAUUGUGGAAGUUUUGAAAGACUUACUGUUAUUAGGUAAUCGAUAGAAAUAUAUAUAGGCUUGUACUUUGUAUGUGCCAGAAUCGUAAGCGUGGUUUCAUCGUUAUCGGAUUGAUCAAUUCUCUUAGAUAUAAUUUGGAUUUCAAAAAAAAUUAAUUUCUUUUUAUUUUUCUUAUUUUAUAUAUAUAUAUAUUUUUUUUAUGUAAAAAUAAAGCAUCGUAUGAAAAAUUUUUAUUCCAAAACUUUCGAUUUAUUUCUUUAUAUGUUAAAUCCAUCCGAUUCCUGGUUGUACCACACAGAAUUAUGGAACACCCUAUUUAUACAAACAUAUGUACAUAUAUACAUUGAAAAAUUUAUGUUAUAUAUCUUGACCGUUGAACGCACAAAAAAGGAAAAAGAAAACCAAAAAAAAAGAAAAAGAGAGAGAAUUGUUAGGACGGAGAGAGAAAAGUACAAGAUACUUUUUCGUUCUUCAGUCCUGUUUUAAUCGCAUUGUACAUAAGAAAUUAGAUAAUCAAAAUUAAUAAUGAAAAAAAAAAGAAAAAAAAAAAGAAAAAAUGAUACAGCAAAACGAAUGACUUGUAUUAUUGUUCUCGAAAAAAAAUCCAAUAUAUAUAUAUAUAUAUAUAUAUAUAUAUAUAUAUAUAUGUAUGUAUGUAUAGGUCCUUCAAUCGAAGAAACCUUCCUCUUGUUGUCUUGUCUUUCUGUUUGUUUCAACGGUCAAAAAAAUAAACAAUCGAAAAAAAUAAAAAGAAAAGGAAAACUUAUUCCCGGAACAGAAAAAAAAAGAAAUUAAUAAAAACGUGACGCGAGACAAUUUUUAUGUGCCGGAACCGCAUUCAUCUUGCUUGCGAACGAACGAACUGGUUUUUUUGUAAGAUUUCUGCGACUUCUCAUUGUUGUUUCAACAGAACGAAAAAGAAAAAAGAAAAAGGAAAGAAACAAAAAGAGCCCAGGCAUAUCGACCUCUCUACCGGAAAUAGAAUACGAUAUAAUUAUCAUAUUAAAUGGUUAAGAUAAAUUUUAAUUCUUUUUUCUUCUUUUUUUCUUUCUUUUUUUUUCUUUUUUUUUUCUUGAGCUGGAGACAAGUAAGAUAUCAAUUCUGUCAUUGGUCCAUCGCAUACACUAUAUUUGAAGAAGAAAGGAUUAAUAACAUACAUACAUACAUACAUACAUACGUACAUACAUACACACCCAUGCACCCACCCACGCACGAAUACACACACACGUGCCGACAUAAACGUUUACGCAAGGAGACGAAAGAAAAAAAAAAGGAAAUAUACAAAACAUACUGUAUAAAUAUAGUAAAGAAUUCUAAUACGACUACCGAACGAUUUCUUUGUUUUUGUGGUCAUUCAAAUACUUUUCGUUCUUUCUUUUUUUCUCUUUUCGUGAUUUUCUUUUUUGUGGGUGUUACAUAUAUAUAUACAUAUACAUAUAUGUGUAUAUAUAUUUAUAUAUACAUAUAUAUAUAUAUAUAUAUACACAUAUUGUUCUUCGAACAAGUACGGUUUUAUCUAUUUUUCUCUCACUCUUUCUCUUUUUCUCUCUCCCUUUUCUGUCCAUCAACUUGGUUGUACCUGACUUUAUCUAUUCAACAGAUCUUGAGUAAGGUGCAAAUACAAUUUAAAUAUUAUUUUUCCUCGUCCCAUCUUCGUCGUCGUCGUCGUCAUCAUUUUUAUCAUCGUCGUCAUCGUCGUCGUCGUCGUCAUUUUCAUCGUCGUCGUCGUCGUCGUCGUCGUCGUUGUCGUCGUUGUUGUCGUCAUCGUCGUCGUCGUCGUCGUCGUCGUCGCUAUCGUCGCCAUCGUGGUCGUUUUUGUCGUCAACAUUUCUUGUUAAUGUCGUCGUACCCAUCUAUGGAAGAUUCAAGUCGUAUUCAACGUAUACGAUAUAACAAUUUUUCUAAAGUCCCUAACUUUUUAUCUUCUUCCUUUUGGCUUGUUUUAAUGAUAAAUAAAUAAAGGGACGUUAUUUCAUUAACUAACAAGUCUCUUUCCAGAACUUUUUUACAAACACGUUAAAGGGGAAAAAGAUUUUUGACAUAUUCGGGAAUAAAAUUAUCCUUAUUAUUCUAUCUAUUAUUAUAUAAUUAUUAUAAUUAUGAUUAUUAUUAUCAUUAUAUAUAUAUAUUGUUUUAUUAUUAGUAUUAAUGUUAGUAUUUUAUUACGUAGUAUUAAUAUUAUUAUACUUAUUACUAUUACUAUAUAUUAUUAUUGUUCUUGUUGUUGUUGUCUUUUCGGUAACGAUGAGUCAUAAACUUUUUUUUUAAAAGGAGAACGCGUCCAUUAAACCGAAUGAUUAAUGAGUUUAUAUGUAUAUAUGUACGUAAGCCUACGCACAAAUUGUAUACCCGAGACGCCCGCGAGUUCGAUGACGUAAUGAUUUCAAAAGUGAGAUCGCAAAAAGAUCAUCAUGAUGAUUGUCGCGAUUAGUUCUAUCGACUAUUCAGUCGACGUCGCACGUUUUUUAUACACACCGAUGACAUCUUGUCCUCCGAUUGAUUAUUAUUAUUAUAUUAUAUUAUAUUAUAUUAUAUUAUAUUAUAUUAUAUUAUAUUAUAUUAUAUUAUAUUAUAUUAUAUUAUUAUUAUUAUUAUUAUUAUUUAAUGUGUAAACCAUCUUUCAUUAAGUUUAUUUUUAUUUCUUAUUUUAUAAUAGAUUAAAAAGCUUUCGUCGUCAUCGGUUGGUGAGACGCCACCGAGAAAAUCGUGCAAUGUCAGCGCGUUUCCACUUUUAUGCUUUCUUAAAUUCGUAAGAUUAAUUAAAAUCGAUUCACGUAUAUGUUGUACGUGUUGUAUUGUGCAAUCGAUGAAAACUUUUGGUGCGAGUUUUGCCGAGGAAAGGAGAAAUAAAAAAAAAAUAAAAAGAAACUUACAUACAUACCCACUACAUACAUAAUACAUACCUUGUUAUUCGUCGUGAUCAUUGUUUACCUUGUAAUGUGUAAAAAAAAAGAAACGGACGUAAAAUAUUAAUUUUUUUUUCUCUUUUACGAACCACGAAGAACGAAAAGAGAUUAUACGAUAGUAUAAAGAUUUUCUUGUAAUGAAAUGUGCGUCGACGAAAAAAGAACAUCUCUUACGCAAUUAAUAUAUAUUUCUGGUUUAAUUUAUAUUUAAUCCUUUAUCUAUUCAAUGAAAAAGCAAAUCUAAAUAUCUUGGAGAGUCGAUCGUUUAUAUAUCGUUUGUUAAACCCACGCGAAUUCUGCGAUAUCUGAUAUCUCUGUUUCAUAAUUAUAGCGCUGUUAUUCCGAAAUUGUUAUCAGACGUAUUCGAACUAUAUCGAAUAUCGAUUUACACAAUGAUACACUGGAUGUAACUAAGUGUAUUUAAAUUUUUUUGUCCUUUUUUGUUAUUUUUACUUUUUUCUAAGGACCUAUAGGCGAAGAUAAGAGGGAAUAACAAAAAGAAAAAAAAUGAAAUGUUACAUCUACCGAGAGCGUUAAAAACGAAUUUUUCGAAAAUGGAGGAGUAACGAAAUGAUGUAUUAAAUGUAUAAGUGCUCUUACCGAAAUGUUUAACUAAAAACAAAAAAAAACAAAAAGGGAGAAGCAAGAGAGAGAGAGAGAGAGAGAGACAGACGGUACGCGAUCGAACAGACUAAACACGAUCGUAGUUUUUAACAGAAAUAAACAAAUUAUUGACUCGGUAAAGUAUGUUAAACAAUAAAAAGUUGUACCUGACGCGUUUUAUCCGACGUUCGGGACUCGUCGCUACAUACAUACGUGUUGAAAGAGAAAUAAUAAGAAUAUCCUAUCGGGGAAUUUGUUAUUGUCAACUUUAUCGAGAAAAUAUCACGCCAGGUUCCAAAUGUGUUAUCGCCUAAACGAUAAUAGACGAUAAUAUUUGCAAUUGUAAAAUCACAGAAAUGAUUCCCCAUUCUCCCUCUUGGCUUAAAUAAUUUAAAUGGGUUUUUUUAAUGGUUCAUACAUACAUAUAUUCCUUGUACUCGCUAAUCAUUAUAUCUUAUGAAGUUUUUAGUAGCUUUGGAAAUGUUGGAUUUAAGAAUGAGGGUUUGUCACGACGAUGCGACGAGUGUAUCCACGCAUGUCCAAUAUAUAUAUAUAUAUAUAUAUAUAUAUAUAUAUAUAUAUAUAUAUAUAUAUAUA